AUGAACCCUUGCCCAGGCAAACCAACUGAUCUUGUCGCUUGCGGCAGCGAAAGAUUCGGAAGCUACAGUGCUAUCAAUACUGGUCUGAAGAGCGAGCUUUGGCCUGAUCAGGAUCAGUUGCCUGAUAAUCCGAUACCAGAUUGCUUGGGUUGGACGUUCAAGUUGCCCAGUGAUGCCGUAUUUCCAGGUGAGGGCAGUGGUGUUCAGAGCUGUCGGCGCGCUUGCAGAUAUCUGAAGUCGAAGACAUUGAUGAUGUACGACAAGCAAUGUGUUUGCACGAACGCUACCGUGUCGAAACAUUCUCCUAAUCGCGUUCCAGAAGAAAUGUGUUCUUUUCGAUGGGCUAGGAAACCUUGUGGUGGAUAUCCGUAUUCUCUUCGCGCUGCCCUUUUCAGCGUGUAUUAUGCGAGUGAGUCUAAGAAGCCUGUACCUCAUGCAGCUACGCCGCAAGAUGCGACAUCGCCUACCGAGACCAAACCUGCCAAGACCGUCGCACAGACUCCCGGGCGAUCAGUUGGAGAGAUUAUAGAAGGUGUGGAGACGGAAGUUCAGCUCCAGUUGCUGAUCCUUGAGGGAGGAGUUUGGGAGAUUUUUGCGUGGAUGGGUCGCGUCAUGACAAAACUGGUUACGCCAAGGGAAUGA